AUGUCUGAUAAACAGUUUGUCAAUCAACAAUCGGUGCCAGCUGGCUACACUUAUGAUAAUCAAGCAAUAUGGCCGCAAGACAAUCCUAAUUUAGUUAAUAGCCCUUCUAAUCCUCGCAAAAGCAACGGUAUUAAAAAGCAAUAUAGUCAACUGAUCAAGAAAAAUAUUGCUAAGAAAUUUAUGCAAAGACGUGCAAGUGAUAUUAGCGAUGACAGUAUCAAUCGACUUCAUCAUGCGGAUCCAGGAUUGCAUGAAAAUGGCCAAGAAAGCGCCGCUGAGCAUUCAUAUAACAUUACGUCGGUUACUCAUAUCCGCGAUGAGAGUGGAGCAUAUAGUAUUAGUAGGGUAGAAUUAAUGAAAACACCCGGUGUAUCCAUUGGUUUUUAUAUCCGUAAUGGCGAUGGAUUCGAUCGUUUGGAUGGAAUCUUUGUAUCUAGAAUUGCUCUAGGUAGUGUUGUCGAUGUGAACAAUUUAGUUCAAAUUGGCGAUGAAUUACUCAAUGUUAAUAAUGUCAGUGUUGCUGACAUGACAUUAGAUGAUGUCGUUGUUUUACUACGUAAUCCAACUAAAUUAUCCUUGACACUAAAACGACGAGUUUCAACAUCAUGUCGUAAUUCGCCUACUGAAUUUAUCAAUCGCCCACAGCAUUUAGAAACAAAUCGCUACACAAGUUAUCAUCAACAGCAACAAUUAUUAUCAUCAUCGAAAGGAUUAGAUCACAGUGGUAGCAAUCAUAAUCAUUAUCCACGUCAACAACGACAUCGGCAUUCUGAUCCUCAGCAACCAUUUCUAUCAAGUCAUAAUAAUUCUCAUCAAUCCAUGUCCAAUCAUCGUUCAACAACAAACCAACUCUUGGCUCCAUCGCGUACAAAAAAUAAUCGGCGAAGCUCUGAUCAAUUCCCUGUAUCUAGAAAAGGUAUACCAUCAUCGCUAGAAAUAUUAAAUGAAGGUUCCAUCAUCGAUUAUGGUGGCACAAAUCAUUCUAGUAAUCGUACUCCAAUGAUCUCACCUGUUAACACUCGCUUUUAUCAAACAGGGAACGAUAGUUCGUAUUUUUCAGCUACCGAAUCCUACGAUUCAACCAGUGAAAAUUAUAAUUAUAAUUCCGAUUCUUAUCCUAAUUCCAAUCAUGAAGAUUCAGAUACUCAACAAGAUUCUAUACCAUCACCAAAAAGUAAUCGAACCUGGAGAAGCCGUCAGUCGGAUAGUCAACGUCGACAUGGUGAUGAUAUCAAUCAAGCCGACAAGAAUAUUGCUCACUCGCUAUUAUCGCUACCAUGUAAUGAAGAUCGCCGCCAUUCAUCGCCAAUACUACCAGCUGCUACAUUACCGGAUCAACAAGUUAUUCGACAAAACUCAGAAUCAACAUCAGAACGCGAUCAUGACGAUAUUGUUAUGACUAUUUCGUCGCAAUCUGAAGCUGAUAAUAGUUCAAUACAAAGUUCAGAUGAUUCAGUGCGGCCAGAUACUUCGAUUAGUUCAGACGAAGAUGACUCCAGCAAAAUGGCCAAUAGCUUGGCUCAAAAAAUGUCAUUGCAAUUGAAUAUCCGUAAACAGCUUACAUUACCUAUCAUCGCUAUCGAUAGCGAUUGUACUGAUUCAGGAGCAUCAACACCUGUAUUAGAAACACCACCAUCUAAUCGCUCAAGCCCGUCACCUAUUGGCGUACCAUCUCCUUUAACGAUGAGUAUCGAAAAUCCUCCAUCUUCGGAUCAACGAGAACGGUCUUAUAGCGCUGACGAUGAUGAAAUACCCAAUAGUCAAAAUGAUAAGCCUGUCUUAGAUACCAAAAAAAUGACAUUAACGCCUGGUAUAGCUCGUGCUAAUCUAGCGAAAAAGGAGAAGAAAAGAUUUCGAUUUAAAAAUACAACUGAUUUGCUAGGUGUCCCUCCACCAGUAGGUACACCAGUAUUAAAUGGUAAAGGGAAGAAAAAGUUCUCAAAUAAACGUAAUCGUUCUAAAUCGCUCUCAGCUAUUGUUGGCAUGGGAUUAGUUGCAGCCCAAGCAUCCAGUAUGCCAUCCGAUAAUAUGCCAUCAUCGACAAAGACAAAAUCGACAUAUAGUAAAAAGAAGUUGUUUGCUAGCCCGAAAUCCUCGCAACGUAAGCAAAUAUUGGAUGUCUCUGGUAUGCUGGGCAUGUCUGGUAAUAGCAAUACAACCUCAAGUAAUAAGAAAUCGCAACGCUGUCCAAGUUAUACACAAUAUGAAUUAGAUCAUGAUUUUAUUGCUCAUUUUAGUGAAGCCAAAGAAUUAAGGGUUAGCCCUCCAUCAGUGGAUGGUAAAGAAGCCUUAUUAUCAGGUCGUUUAAGUGUCAAUCUGUUAUGUGGUAAAGAUAUGACAUCAAGUGAUAAUGGUAAUAAUAAUAAUUGCAAACAACGUGAUGUCUAUUGCAUUAUUGAAGUAGAUGGUGAAAUUCAAGCUAAAACUAAUAGUAAGCGUGGCACCACUCUAUUCGAAUGGGAUGAAUCGUUCGAGAUUGAUUUAGAUUGUUGUCAAUAUGUCUCAUUUAAGUGCUUUGUUGGCAAUAGUAAAAGUACAAGAUUGCAUAAUAAAUCCUUGUUUGUAAGCGGCAAUGUGAACUUUGCUAAAUUGAUCCAUACUUAUGGUCCUAAUCAUCAAUUGGCAUUACAUACUAAGCCUUUCGGUGUCAUCUAUGCUAAAUUUAAUUUCGUUGGACAAGAAUCAACGUUCCAGCGGCGCCCAUCAGCACGAACUGCUGGAGUUUUUGGUGUUGAUUUAGCAGCGGUAACACAACGUGAAGGUAAUCAAGUACCUCAAAUUGUUCAAAAAUGUAUAGCUGCUAUUGAAGAGCGUGGCAUGGAUACUGUUGGCUUAUACCGCUUAUGUGGAUCAGCUAAAAGGAAGCAAACUUUACGUACAGAAUUUGAAUUUAAUGCCAUGUCGGUCAAUUUAGCUGAUAUUGAACGAUAUCCAGAUAUUAAUGUUUUGACUGGUGUCUUGAAAGAUUACUUACGCGAAUUACCAGAGCCGUUGUUAACCAAUGAAUUGUAUCCUACUUUAUUUGAUAAUCCAUGUAUUUUAGAGAGUAAAGAUUGCGACGCGACUAUCUUAAACUUAAUGAACUCAUUACCUGAACCAAAUCGUUCAACAUUAUCAUUCAUCUUGGACCAUUUAGUUCGUGUUGGAAAGUUCGAGGAUAGUAAUAAAAUGAGUUUUCAUAAUUUGGCUAUCUGUUUUGGCCCAGUUUUAAUGUGUUCUAGUAAAGAUACUACCAAUGGUAUUGAUUCAAAGUCAGUAAAUAGGUCUAUUCCAUUGCAAUCAUUAACGCAAGAUUUUAGACAGCAUAUUAUCAUUUUAGAGAGAAUAUUACAAGUAUGGAGUGAAUAUAUGGAUAAGGGAAAAGUACCGUUCACGCAAACAGUUGAAAAAGAGAAGGAUGGAAAAGCUGCAACAAUUCCAUCUUUUAAUGAUACCGAUUCAGAUGAUGAAUCGGAUAGUUAUGUGUAA